UACAAAUAUAAAGCCAAACCAGUAAGUUACACAGGUGGAGCUGUUGUCAUUCUGCUGGGAAGGGAAGCAAACUACAGAAUGUGAGGCGAUCUGAGAUAUUACACACGGAUUUAAACUGAAAACUUCAGACGGUUUGUUGUGACUUUCUUCCGCUUAAUCAAACAGCAAGGCGAGAGAAAAAAUGAGUUUGAUCAUAACUAUAGAAAGGUGCUGCAGUUUCUGCAUUCAGCGCCUCGGAGGAACUGAUUCCAGUUAGAAAAAGAAGUUGCAGCGAACGACGGGAAGCCAACUUUAAGCUGACUGUGUGUUUGGAUCAGCGCCACUCGGCUGGGAGGGCAGCGUGGGUGCGUGGAGGGGAGGGGAGGGGAGGAGGGAUGUCGGGCAGGAGUGGAGGAGCGCCCCGGGGAUGCAGCAACCCCAGCCUGCAGCCCCUCCGGGCCACCGUCCCUUUCCACAUUCAGAGAGGCUCCGCUCUGCUGCACAGAGAGCUCGCCAAAGCGGUUGACAAAACCACAGCUCGCCCACCGAGACCAACGAUUCGUCGAACUCUUUCUUUGGAUACCAUUGUCGGACCCUAUCUGCAGGGACAGUGGCCCAAAGAGGCAGAGGGCACCGCAGCUGCCUGUGUCAAUGACAAAGCCACUCAGACCCCCUUUUCCUGGACAGAGGAAACCCGGGGAAGAAGAAGUAUGGGUGGGCACAAGCGCUCGGCGUCUUGGGGCAGUGCAGAGCAUUUGAAGGAGGUGGCCAGACUAAGGCACCAUCUGCAAAAACGCUCCAGGAAUGCACCCCCCUCUGCAGGAUAUGAUCUCCCCCACAGCACACUGCCAGCAGGACAGGCAGCAGGCGCAACUCAGACAGUUCCCAUGAUGCCUCUGAACAGACUUGCACCGCGGUUGAGACGGAGCGUUGAGGGUCUCAGUUUGGAGCUGGAGGAAGUCUUUGUGUCUGAGAAACCAGAUGAUCAGCUUGAGAUUUUAGAUAUCCCAGAUGGCCACAGGGCUCCCAUCCCUGCACAGAGAUGCAGUAGUGGCUCUCAGAGUGAACCCUCUCCAGGACCCCUGGAUUCUUCCCUCCUGUCCCCUCCACAGUCUCCUUGUCCUCUUGAUUCUUCACUCCUCUCUGCUUCGAGUUCUCCCUGCCACCUGACUGCAUCGCUUUUGUCUCCCUCCCCACCAACAUGUUCAAUGCUGGAACCAGAGCCUGCAGAGUGUGAGGGUUUGUGUCCCUCUCCCUCCAUGCCACUUCCUUCAUUUGCACUGGAGCCUCCUCUGCAGCAGCCCUGCUCCUCUUCCCCUCGUCCCAACAAAACCUACUCCUUCCAGCGUGAGCCGCCUGAAGGCUGCGAGCGAGUGCGAGUAUGUGAGGAAGCAACGUCUGCCUGUCAAGAUGAACUUCCCCUUCAGCCAUCUUGCCCAGACCCCAAUAAAGUCAACUUCACCCCCCAUGGGGGCUCUGCUUUCUGCCCAGUCAGCCUCUUAAAACCUCUGCUGCCCUCCAUGGACCUCCUUUUUCGCGGUCUUUCUGUGUCUCCCAUCACUGGUUGCUCCGGCCAAGCCUCUCCUACCAGGAAUCUGGGCAUGCAGUAGGUGGAUAUCAGAACAGUGUCUCUGAGGACUACAGAGAAAUGCACUGUCAGAACCUGGAACACUUGAUAAUGACUUGACUGAUAAUGAAUGCAGACUCACAAUUAAGUGUCUGAUCCCUGUUGGCCCAUUGACCAUUACCAUCUGACUGUCGGUGUUUGUUUCUGCAACGUUUUUGGAUAAUGUGGCUUAAAGUUAACUUGGUUUAUAAAUUAUUUCUGCCUGAAGGAUUUCUUUUUCUCUUAUGCUUUUUCAACCUCAUUGAGACUGCUUUUGUUUUUGGUUUCUGCCGUAAAAGACAAAUAUAAGACUUCACAAUUCAGCUGAUGUGCAAGAAACUCAUGCUUAACAUUAAUUUCCUUUUUUCAGAAAACAAAUGAGUUUUUAGUUUUAUAAGUCUAUUAUCUCCCUGUUUUUGUAGAUUGUUUUGUUUCAUUUUUAAUAUCAAAGUAAGUGAAUUUACUUUAAGAAAGCCAAGCACUUGCAAUUAAUCUAAAUUAGUUUACAGUCUAUCGCAUAAAAAACAGUAUGGCAGAUUUCUAUGGUAAUGGUGUUGAUUAGAAGAAAUAUUUGAACAUUUAUUCCCUCAUUUUCUACAGAUGUUAAGAGAGACCGUAUUUAUUUUUCUUACUCUGUAGGGAUAUGCUGUUAUGUUUUUUACAAAGACAUUUUUUUAAAAUGCAUAUUACAAGUUCGAUUAAAGGUUUUGAUAGACUAACUUGUCUAAAAGGGACAUAAUUACAUAAGAAAAUGUGUUAGUAUUUACUUGUUGGAUGUUUCUCAAGUUUGCUGAGUGGAAAAAAUGGAAAAUAAGACGAUUUUUUUUUUUUAUGUUCAAGGUCUCUAAAAAUUGAGAAAGCAAAAAGGGAAAAUAAUUUACAUCCCACUGCUACUUAGUUUAGCAUUUUUCAUUUCUAUACCUUUUUUCAUGCAUUCAAAUAACAGAUUUUUUCAUUUAUAUUUUUUUAAU